AAAAAAAAAGAGAAAAAAAAAGCUUACGAAGCAGCCAGCGUCAUUGCUGGCUAUCCCGCGCACAACGUUCUAACAAAAAUCAUCCUCUCAGUUGCAAUCUCUCCUCCUCUCAUCAAGAUUCCCCACUCCUUUGAUUCUUGUCCAGAGUCACGUCCUCUCCGAUCCGGGUCUCCACAGAGUCUAACUCUGACCCGACCCGACCCAAUUCACUAAUGGAGGACGAACCAAAGCUCCCAACCGAUGACGGUCCAACUUUCGGCGAGUCGUGUAAAAUCUCGUCAGCGAUAUUGACUGCCGGUGAUCGGAAAUUACUUAAAGUUGAACUCCUUCAAGAGGAGACCACGCACGUGUCGUGGAAGAAGCUUAUGGACGAGGCUUGCAAGGAAAACGGCUUGUUCGCUUCGGCCCCCGAACGGCCUCCUAAUGCUAACCCUAACCUCGACUUUCGCCUUGCACCGGGGGCACAAACAGAAAAUGAAAUGGUGAAUCAACCUCAUCCUAAUCGUCUUAACUCCGUUAUAGCAAAGAUUGAGAGACUUUAUAUGGGUAAAGACGGUAGUGAUGGGGAAGAGUUAGAUGGGGCUCCUGACGAUGACGACUAUGACACUGAAGAUUCAUUUAUCGAUGAUGCUGAAUUGGAUGAGUAUUUUGAAGUUGAUAAUUCGCCAAUAAAACAUGAUGGAUUUUUUGUCAAUAGAGGAAAGUUAGAACGAAUUGAACCUUCAGCUACAUCAAACCAGCAGCAACCAAAGAAGAGGCGAAGGAAGGAGUCAGCAAAACCUUGUGGCGACGUUGUUGAUGUAUCCAGAAAACAAGCCAAAAUGGCUAAGACGGCUGGGGGAAAGGAUCAAUCAGCUGCUCCUGGGCCCUCUUCGAAGAAAAUUUCCAAUGAUUCAAAGACAGUGCAAGAUUCGUUUUCCCCUUUGAAAGCUCAAAAUGGCAAUGAUUCCUUAGUUUUGGAAAAUGUGAAGCAUACUGAUAAAGCGAAUCAUCAGCCAAUGAAUGCCACGAGUCCGAAAUCAAAGGCAGCUGGAUCGUCUUUCCCCCUUCAUCUGAAGUGCACAAGCAAAAAUGAACAAUCUAAUUCCCUUCCCGGAAUAUCUCGGCCAAAUGAUUCGGCAAAAUCAGCAGUAGUUCGUCAGCAAGUUAACAAUGGCAUACCUGACCUGGACAUUGCAACGGAAAGCAAAAAAUCUGUUCAAAUAUCUAAAAAAGGCGAUUCGAAUGGCAGGCCUAAAUCCUCGACACUUGAGAAAGCCAUCAGGGAAUUGGAGAAGGUGGUCGCUGAAUCAAGGCCUCCUGCUGUAACUGAGAAUCAAGAUGCCGAUAUCUCUUCCCAAGCAGUGAAGAGGGGAUUGCCAGGAGAUGUAAAAUUGAAUCUUGCUAAAGUUGCUAGAAUCGCGCAUGCGAGCCAAGGAGAUAUAUCAGGAGAGUUAAUCAAUCGUCUCAUGAGCAUUGUCGGUCAUCUAAUACAGAUUAGAUCACUUAAGAGGAACUUGAAAAUCAUGAUUGAUUCGAGCGUCACUGCAAAUCGAGAAAAGGAUACUAGGUUUCAGCGGAUCAAGAAUGAAAUAAUUGAGAUGUUAAAAACACAAGUUCCAUUUAUGGAAUCCCAGGAAACAAGUCAAGAAGCUGGAACAUCAGACGAUUUUCAGGAUGUUGGCUCUCUUGGAAAGCCUCCUGUGAAGAAGUUUGUCAUGGAUGUGGCGCUGGAGGAAAAAUUGUGUGAUCUAUAUGACGUGUUUGUUGAGGGAAUGGAUGAACAUUCAGGUCCACAGAUCAGAAAGCUUUAUUCAGAUCUAGCUGAACUCUGGCCAAAUAGGUUAGUGGACAAUCAUGAGAUCAGGCGUGCCAUUUGCCGGGAAAAGGAAAGGCGGAGAGCAUUGAAAGGAAACCUUGGGAAGGAGAUGGAUCAAACGAAGAUAGCAAAGAAGAAAGAGACACAAUUGGUGCCAAAAUCAGAGGGUACUACUUAUCCCGACAAGGCUUCAGGUGUUGGAGUUAAAGCGAGUGUUGUCCUAAGUGCAACUACCACGUCCUUAGUGGACUGUGAAGCUGCAGCAGAUUCGUCCUGUGAAAGGUCAAAGCAGCAAAAUGAGAAACUAAAGGGAACCUCGAGCUUAAGCAACCCUGCAGCAGAAGGAAAGACAGUCAGAAGAAAGACAGAACCAGCUGUAGAAGAAACUCAGCUGCCCGCAGAGAAACCUCUCGUUCUGGCCCUGAAGCAGCAGACACAUCCACAGUCCAAGGCACAUAAACAGGCACAGGUACAUCCACAGUCCAAGGCACAUAAACAGGCACAAGUACAUGAACAGGCCAAGGCACAAACACAGACUCCUCCAGACCUGAAGCUGCCAAGUUAGGUACUCCAGCUUAGUUUUUUUAGUCAAAGUCUGGCUCUAGCCGUGCCUUUGUUCUUCGUAGCUAUAGUUUGGCUUCUAAUUUUUGCGCCUAGUUAUGAUUCUCUAGCCGUUUCUUACGUAGAAGACGAAGUCCUUUCUCCUCUGUACAAAUUAAAGAUUUAAAGAGAAGCUCGGUUUGAGGAAAAAAAAAAAA